CUCAGUCACUGACUUCCUUUGUGCUCCCAAGUGCACAAGCUGUAUCGCAGCCUUGUCACCUGGCCUUAUAAUUGCUUCUCAUUGUCUGUCUCUCCCAGCCUCUUUCAGCUCCUAUCCCUACCCUGACCCCGUGCCCAGCAGGGUAAAGGCCCGUGGGAGAACUCCUCGCCUCUGUCUCCUCCCACAGGUGUGCCCAGCUCUGGGCUUGGUCCUGGGAGGGAUAUUCAGGAACCAGGAGACUCAUUGCUGCUUUCAGGGCCCUGGACUCUGCAUGAGAUGCAGACAGCUCACCAUCAGGCAGGGCCGGGACUGCACAGUAACCUCAGAAAUAUCACUAAGACCUUGGGGAAGGCGGAGAUGAAGAAGUCGCGAAGGGAAAGGCGGGAUCCUUAGGGACGGGUGGAGUUGGACGGGUGCGGGGGGCUGACCCAGAUGGGGAAUGCGGAGGCACAGUCAGGGCAGGCGCGUGGAGGAGGCAGCCGCGGCCAGACAGAGGCAGACGCUGGGGAGUGAGGGGAGGACUCAGGUCGGAUCCCGGCCCCCUGCCUGCUGGGCACGGGCUCCUCCACCAUCCUCCACGGGCUCGGCUCACGCCUCACGGCGUCCCUGCGGCGGGCAGGCCGCAUCUCGCUCCAUGGUGCAGGUCGACAGCCCAGCUGGCAGAAGCUCCUCGAGGCUCAGCAACGUUCAAGAUCAAAGACAAGGGCAGCCGCCCUUCCCUCUCUCCUGGGUGAGCCUGCUCUGGAGGGACAGGAGAGUUCCGGCCGUGUGUGGGGCCCGCCCGGGGCGGUCACCAGCAGAGUCCGGAGAGCAUUGCCGCCUUCCCGGCGCCGUGCCCUCAAUCAGGAGCGUCUCCUUUCAGAUCUGGGCUGCGCACGCAGCGCACAGCGCCCCCGCCAGUCUGCAGAGCACAUGGCCGGGACGCGCGCGGGCUGCCCUGCAGAAAGGGCUGGGAUCUCGCCAGGGCCUGAAGUGCGGGCUGACUGGCAGCUGUCACCGAGCAAAGAACACUGGUCUUGGAGCCAACAGCUUGAACCUGAAUCUCAGCUCUGCAGCUAACGGACAAGUCAUGCCAAGCAUCUCUUUUUCACCUACUACCCAUGUGGCAGGGGUCACGGGGCCUGGCGGUGAUGGGGAGUUCAUGGCCCUGCCUCAGAGCCCUCCUUCUGAACUCCAGUCUCAGUUGUAAGUUCUUUCAUGCCUGCUUGUCCAGGUAAAGUCACUAAGUGUUCUCAGUGCUGAGGGUCAGACCCAUGUCUCGAAUCUCUCUGUGCUGAAGAAGACUCUUUGACAUUGGUGGGAGUGACUGGUUGGGGUGGGGGAAGAUCACAGGAGACAGGAUGUGCUGGUAAGUUAACACUUGCUCUCCAGAAGAAGAAGGAGGCUCCCUAAUUUAUAGCUUUUUCUUUUCACGGUGUAAAUUCUCCCACCAUGAUGGAUUUCAGGCUGGCAGAGUGAUGUUGCUGUACAUGGUAGCACAAUGCUAUACGGCAUUUCACCACACACACUGAAUAACCUUAAUAAGCUUCAGAAACAUAGAUAAUUAAUUGUAGUAUAAUAAUUGGAAAGUGGGGAGUUUUUAGUAUUUGUUACCUUCUUAAAAUAUAAUUUAUUUCAUUGCAAUCUUUAACAAUGCUUGUGUUUAACAACUGGCUUGCAAAUGUUUUGAAAAUGCAAACAUCAGUUCUUGUAAGCCUAUGCAAGCUAGGUCCAGCAGAGCCCUGGUGGACAACCUGUCUUAAAAAUCGGAGUCUCUUGCGUCCUGCCGCCUUUAAGAGCCCGGAAGACAACGCCCACACUUCCAACAGCAGUGCUCUGCUGCCCUCUGGUGGCAGCUCCUGCCCUCUGGUGGCAGCUCCUGCCCUCUGCGGCUGCCUCGGAACUUGAUCCUACAGCAGAACCCACUGGCUCCGGCCCUGAGGCGGGAUCAGAGGCUCCCUGAGCAAGUUAAGCACCCCCGCCGCUCCUCUCUCACCCUAGCCUUCUGGAGCACAAGGGCACCUAGGUUAGGGCAUUCAGAGGCUCUGGACCUGCUGCACCCUCCUCAUCCCUACUUGUGGGUUUUCACUGCCCUCUUCAGUUUCAGCAGAGUGAUACUGAGCUGGGGAAAGGGCUCUGCCAGGUCAGUAACAUGCAAGCGCGUUGACACCUCACCCAUACCGCGCAUCCCUGAGAAGGAGGUGCUCUAAGGAAAUUAUGACUCGGGUGCUGUAGUUGGUUGUUGUUGUUGCUCCGGGGCUUCAUAGGAAACUCACCAGUCUUCUCCAUUAGAGCUGGGGCUUCCUGCCAUCUUAGAGCAGCCAAGAGGAGGAGCGAGAGAAAGAAGACUGUCAGAACAGCACCGAAGCUGCCGCCACACGGUGGGACCUUCUCGCGGGGAUAGCCCCAGUUACAGCUGCAAACUCCAGCGGGGAGGACCCUCGGGUCUCCUGAGGCUGGCAGGCCAUCUACUGCCCACACUGGCCAGAGCCUUCCGUAAGAAACAAACUUUACAGCAUAACAACCCAAGACACCCUAUACAGAGAAGGUUCAGGAAGCAACACUUACUAUGUUCAGUGUAUUUUGUCAUUCCAAAAUUUUCCAUCUUGCCCUUUCCACUAAAAAAAAAAAAGCCUUUCACAGAGGAGAACAAGACGGUGGAGGAGUAGGUGGGCGUGGAGUACAUCUC